AUGCAAGAAGAAAAGAGGAUUCCAGUGAUUGACCUCAGUGCUUGGACACAGCGAACUCCGUCGGCGGGUGGUACUACUAGUAGUGAUGAUGAGCGUCGCGGGGUGGUAGAGCUGGUUGGCAAGGCUUGUACAUCUGUGGGUUUCUUUGCCAUUACGAACCAUGGCGUGAAUUCUACGCGUUUGGAGUCUCUUUGGCAGUCAGCUCGUGAUUUUUUCGAUCUGCCAGCUCCAGUCAAACUACAAAGCAAAACCAACAAUGAGACCGAGUACCCGUAUGGCUACGAGCAAAGUGAAACUCUGGUGGUGGGCAAGCAGUUGGAUCAAGGCGUGAAAUCAGACUCUCUGCUCCCUCCUCCCGAUCAAAAGGAAACAUUUUCCUUGGGACCUAACAAUCCUCUCGCUGGAAUGCCUCCUCGCAGAUUUCCAAGUCAACCACCCGAGCUGCAGGAAGCACUGGAAGAGUACUUUCAAGAAAUGGAACACCUGGCAACCACGCUGCUGGAAAUAUUUGCCUUGGCAUUGGACUUGCCACAAGACUGGUUCCAGAACAAAAUGACACGGCACAUGUCUGCGUUGCGGCUACUCAAUUAUUUUGCUACGGACAAGAAUGCAAGUGCAGACGACAAGACAGAAAUAGUACGAGCUGGUGCCCAUUCCGAUUACGGGGCCCUCACCAUUCUCAAAGCGGGUGGUCCUGGACUGCAAGUGAAAUGGAAGGAUGGAGAAUGGGUCCACGUACCCUUUAUGGAGGACUCGUUUGUGGUCAAUCUUGGAGAUCUCAUGCAACGAUGGACCAAUGAUAAAUGGGUAUCCACACUACAUCGGGUUGUGGUAGUCCCUACUAGCGGCGCCGAUGGUGGAGCACAGCGUCGACAAUCGAUUGCAUACUUUUGUAAUGUCAAUGGAGAUACUCCCGUGGAAACAUUACCAACCUGCAUUGACGAGGAUCACCCGCUCAAGUAUCCAAAAGUGCUGGCCAAGGAUCAUCUCAUGGCCAAGCAUUUGGCAUCGAUGAGACAUGGUGAACCAUCAGAGAAGGCAGAUGGGCAUGAUGAACUGUAG